AAUGUUACGCGCCUUAAAAUUUCAUUGACGACUGAGAAGAGAAGCAAAGGCAAAGAAAAAAUAAACCGAAACAUCGCAUAUACACACAAAGUGUUGAAUCAUAGUUGGUCGGUGAUUUCGUAGCGGUAUGCGUUUGGGUUUAGCAUUAGUGCGUAGACAGUUUGAGUGGGAAAACAUAUCAAAGAGUAACAUAACAAAACACGCAAAAUAAACGAGCAAAAUAAAGAGAGAAAAAAAUCCAACUGUGCAACAAACGAAGAAAAGAACAAACGUAAAUGCAAAAAAAAAAAAAAAAAAUAAGGCAGUGAGUGUGAGAGAGUACACAACUACACAGCAUCUGUGAAACAAGGAAUAAUAUUGUGAGGUUGCAACACACUCAACACACCAGCUCAAGUAACAACAGCAACAGCAGUCGAACGAACGAGUCGCUGAAUCGGUGUGUAAAGUGGAUGAUUUAUCAAUAAACAAUUUUUUUUCUUCUUAAUUUUAUUUUGCCAUCUGAAUCGGUCGCUAUUUUCUGGUGUGCGUUGUUGUUGUUGUCGUGGUGGUUCUUUUAGUCACAAUAAAUUCCCGUGAAACAAAUGAUCAUUUUAUGUAAAUUUACAACGAAUGAUUCGUACAAAUUUUUCGACAAUUUUAUUUUCGUCAUAUUUCAAACUUGGCGCGUCAAUCAUCCGUACAUCAACACCAAAGUGAUUCUAAUCGGCCUAUCAAACGAAAAAGAAACGUAGAUCCAAAAAAAAACUAAGCGACGACAACGACGACGACGAUCGCUGAAAAGAAAAAUGCAAAUGAAUUGAUUCUGAACACGAGUUGCAGCAUGUUCAAUGAAAUGACAAUAGCAAAAAGCCAGCAAAUAGUGAUUUUAUGUGCGUGAUCGUUGAACAUACACACAGGAAGUAAAUUUGUGUGUUUUGUACUUCUUUUUUGUUUCUUUCUUCGUGUGUGUUUCUGUUUCGUUUGUUUUUUUUUUGUUGUUGUUUCGGAAUAAGAGAGUCUAUUAACGUACACGGUGCGAAAUAAAUUAUUGAUGCCAAAGUGGCUCAAGUGAGAAGAAAUAAACGUGCGAAAAGUAUACGUAUUAAGAUUCGGGCAAUUUUAAUCUAAAAACGGAAAGAAAAUCUACCUAAGCAAACACACGAGCCUACAACCACCGAUCGAAAUAAGUAGCUUAAACAGAAGUUGAGAGCCGAGAAAAACCGCAGUACACUUGAAAUUUAGCAGAGCGUGGAUGUGCAUGCAGCGAAGAAAAUCACAAAAACCAACGAAUACUCCAUCGACUUAUCUUCGCCAGAGAUCGGCGUAAUUGAGUGAGAGAUAGGAAGACCGAGCUAGAGAUUGGGCAAUAGAGCAAGAGGGGGAGAGCUUUUAAAUAACCGAAGAGAAGAAGCUAAACAAAAAAAAAAUCCACCACCAUACCCAGCACGCUAAUAAAAUGGGCAAAUUACUCUCUUUACUGGCACGUGAUGAUUCCAAUUGCUGCACACCCAAGAACUAUGAUGUCUUUCUGGAUUUCGAGAAUGCCGCACCAACAGAAACAGAACGUGUAAUUUAUGAUGAGGUUGAACGUGUAUUACGCGAAUCGGAAAGUGUAUUAGAGGAAAUUCAAUGCUAUAAGGGAGCGGGCAGGGAGAUACGCGAAGCGAUAGCCAAUCCAGAGCAAGAAUAUCAAGAGAAAGCAUGGAAUGCCGUACUGCCGCUGGUUAGCAAACUGAGGCGCUGCUAUGAACAUUCAUUGGAAUUGGAACGCGUCGUGCCACGACUACUCUCACAACUCGUUGGCGGACGGCUCAAUCCAACACAGCAUCUAGAAACACAACAAGCCUUAGUCAAGCAACUAGCUGAAAUCCUCGAAUUCGUACUCAAAUUCGACGAAUUUAAGAUGAAAACGCCAGCAAUUCAAAAUGAUUUCAGCUACUAUCGACGAACGGUGAGCCGACAACGUAUUGAAAACACUGAAAACAUGCUGGUCAGUACGGAAUUGGCGAAUCGAAUGUCAUUGUUUUAUGCGCAUGCAACGCCAAUGCUGAAGGUGCUUAGCGAAGCGACCAGUAAAUUUGUAAGUGAUAAUGCGAACGAUGUCGAUAAUACGACCGAAACGCUAGGAACAAUGGCCAAAGUUUGCUUAAGAAUGCUAGAAAAUCCCAAAUUAUUGUCACAAAUCGAGCGAGAGGAGACGCAUUUGCUGGUGUUGCGUGUGAUGGUUGGUCUGGUGAUUCUGUACGAUCAUGUGCAUCCGGUGGGGGCGUUCGUGCGUAACUCACACAUCGAUGUCAAGGGCUGUGUACGGCUGUUGCAAGCACAGCCAGCCGUCAAAGCCGAACCAUUGCUGAAUGCACUGCGAUACACGACCAAACAUUUAAACGAGGAAAAUACACCAAAAAAUAUUCGAAAUUUAUUGGCUGCAUAAAAGAACCGGUGAACAACAGCAAUAGCAACAACCGCACUCAACAUGUCACAACAAAAAUGGUCAUCAUAGUUUUUUUUUCUACAUAUAAAUAUAAACCGAUGGACACAAAACAAUUCGAAUGCUGUCGCAUUGAAUUUGAAGUCGUCGAAGAAGAAUACACAUGAAAAAAAUCUGUUUUUUUUUUUGUCAUUUAAUCACACCCGUAUACACCAAAUAUAUAAUUUAAAAGAGGAAAAAAGCGAAUGUAAAAUGUAAACAUAGAGUACACGUAUCUCUCACCAAUUCAUUGAGUUCCUAUGCGAAAACGUUUGCUGAGAAAGAUCGUUUCACUCGCGCUCCCCCCCAAAAAAAAAAUUUGAAACAUGAACAAAAACAUAUUCCCUUUAUUUUUUACGAAACAAAAAAACACAUUUGUUUUUUUUUUCCUGUUUUCUUAUUAUUAUUUUUUUAUAUAUAAUAACUUGUAUUACUUUUAAUAUGUAAACUAUAUAAAAUGAUACAAAAAUGAACACAAUCUGUGUGAAUCGAAUAGAAGAUGAUUAAAAUUCAAUUGCAUUUCAGUGGAAACGCAUUGAUUAAGCGAAAGAGAAAGAGAAUGUGCGAUGAAAUUAACAUUUCCAAGCGAAAUACGAAUCAAAUUGCAUCCUUUCCAUCCGUUUUAUUCGAUCAAUAAAUUCAACAACAAAAAAUAGAACAUUCAAUGGCGCGCUUAUUGACAAAUUUAACCAACACUUAUUUAGAUAAGACAAAUUUGUAAUUAGUUAUGGACAAAAUAUAUACACACACAAACACAAACACAAAACACAAAACACACUACAACAAACACGAUUAGUUGAAUUAAAGCGAUAAGUUAUGAUUUAGAUUUAAAAAAAAAAACAACAAAUACCAUCGUGUGUCGUGACGUCGCCGCCACCACCGUCGGACUUUGUAAAAAAGUAUUUUUAAAAUGUAGUUAAAUUUUUGCAAAACAAA